AUGCCGCCGAUCUCAGGUAUGGUUCGCGAAUAAAAGGCCGGUGACCAUGUCCAUGCAUGUCAUGGAGUGUCGCUCGGCCGGAUGGUCGCUUGU